GAGUAUUUAAAAAAUCAUUUUCUCACUGUUCAACUUAUAAUUCUACUUUUUUUCAUUAUUUCUUCUUUUUAAAAUCUUAUAACGUGUGUGAAUUAAUUUUCUUUGGCUUUUACUUUACACAAUUUGUUUAUAUAUUUUAAAUUUUCGAUACUUUUAAAUAUCAACUCAAAUUUUAGGUUACAAUUCAUCACCAUGACUGAUCCAAUAUCCGAAAUCGCAAAAAGUGUUGAGAGAACCAGAGUAACUGAUGACAGACCAUCCCCUACCGAUGAUCAAGAUAUUGCUGGUGCUAGCGCAAUGUUGAGUGAAAUAAAUUUAUUGAGCGAAAAUUUUGCCCCUACAACCUUGAUAGGCCAAAAUUUAUCAAACAUGAUUGAUAAUCUGCCCAGAGUGGAAUCUAGUAUUGUCAAUGCCCAAGUUAACUUUCUUAAGGAUAUUUUGCAACCUUGUCUGCCAAACCGACCUUCAUUUUCAGACAUAGCACCAGAAACAACACGAAUCAGUGAAGGUUCAUCUUUUUUAGAGCUUGAUUCCAUUUUUCUUUACUCAAUUGAAGCAAAUAAACAAAUUGGCGAUCCCCUGGUAGUACCAGAUCAUAUAACAGAAUCUCCGUUGGGACCAACAUCUUCUCUUCUCCCGGGAAAUUUUCCACCGCCUGUUGAAUCUCUGCCUUUUUUAUUCAACUCACUGAAAUCAGCUGAACGUCGCCAUAUUCUUUUACUCGAUAAUCCACAGAUUAAAUGCUUCUUAACUAUUGGACCACAUAUUCCUAGAUAUGAUGUUGUCAUCGCCAUGUUUACAGCUAUUAAUAAGACCGAUAGAGAUUUGACUGAUGUUGACUUUAACAUUGUUUCUGAGACUUUACCAACUAAAAGACAGGAACCUUCAUCGACCGUAUUAAGACCAUCAGUCGACGGGUCAAAUCCUACAAUCAAUCAAAUAAGUAUUUUUGGCGGCAAAGAUCCCGAUCCUCGAUCAGUCGACGCUUGUCUAUGGACCCUCCGUUAUUCAAUUGAAGGCCUAAUCUUGCGCGAAAAAGGGCGAUUCACUCUCUAAUUACUCAUUGUACUGGGCAUCUGUCACUAAAAAUUUAAUUAAUCAAAGCCCAUAUUUGUAAUUAUGUAAGUUUGUUAUUUUUUAAUCAAUAUUGUUCAUCUAAACUCCGAUGUAACUGACUUCGAUUGAUUAAUUAAAAUUAUUUGAUCGGCAA